CAACACUACAAAUCUAUUACAUUUAUUGAGAUGACACUCACCAUGGCAACAAUGUGUAAUUGAUUGCUGUCGAGAAAUGGAGAGUGGGGCAACUAGCCCAAUUCACACAGAGUGCAAAACAGCGAGCACACCAGAGCCUCAAACACCAACCAAAAACCGGAAAAACAAAGGAAACGGUUAUUAUUCACCCCACCUGAGACAUUCUCUUGCUGGUGGCACUGGAUCACCAAGUAAGGAGAAAAGCUGCGACAGAUUUAUCCCCACACGAAAUGGAGCGAAAUGGGAAAACUCCUUCUCCCUGACACCAGAGACUCAAAGUGAGAACGGAGACGAGGGACGUGAACAGCACACAUACAGAUGCUUGUUACAGAACGAGUUAUUGGGAGCAGAUAUAGACGACAUAAGGUUGAGCAGUGAGGAUGGUGGUCUGCAGCGCACACCCCACAAGAGGAGACUGUUCCACUAUCAGUCCCCCAGCAGGGAGCCUCAGGACCAUGGCUACUCACUCUCCCCUGUCAGCAGAAAAAGUCAGAAGCUGUUGACCUCACCCAAGAAGUCCCUGCGCAAGAUUCCCAGAUUGCCCUACAAAGUGCUAGAUGCACCAGAACUGCAGGAUGAUUUCUAUCUGAACCUUGUUGACUGGAGCUACUCUAACGUGUUAACAGUGGGACUCAGUGCUAGUGUUUACCUAUGGAGUGCCUGUACUAGCCAGGUAACAAGACUGUGUGAUUUGUCAUGUGAAGGAGAUACAGUAACCAGUGUAGGAUGGUCAGAUAGGAGCAGCAACAUUCUAGCCGUGGGAACUAACAGGGGCUGUGUACAACUCUGGGAUACUCAGGCCCAGAAACGAACAGCAAUAUUCGAGUCUCACGAGUCCCGCGCGGGCGCGCUCGCUUGGAACGGGGAUCUGUUAUGUAGUGGCAGUAGAGACAGGUUCAUCAUCCAGCGAGACAUCAGGACUCCUCCACACCAGUUCAAGAAACUUACUGGACACAAACAGGAGGUGUGUGGGUUGAAGUGGUCUCCUGACAGGCAACAUCUUGCGAGUGGUGGUAACGAUAAUAAGCUAUUCGUCUGGAACCAAUCCAGCUUGUCCCCUGUUCAAAAAUACUCUGAUCACGUAGCAGCAGUUAAAGCAAUAGCAUGGUCCCCCCAUCAACACGGGCUAUUAGCUAGCGGAGGGGGCACUGCUGAUCAGUAUAUCAGAUUCUGGAACACUCUCACAGGGCAACCUCUCCAGUCAGUUCACACUGGCAGUCAGGUAUGUAACCUAGCUUGGUCUAAGACUACCCACGAGUUUGUCAGUACACACGGUUACUCUCAACACCAGAUCCUUGUCUGGAAAUACCCCUCGUUACAGCAGGUUGUGUGUUUAACCGGACACCACUGCCGAGUCCUCUACCUAGCCAUGUCCCCGGACGGACAGUCCAUAGUUACAGGUGCUGGCGACGAGACUCUCCGCUUUUGGAACGUUUUCAACAAGUCCAGACUUCAGAAAGAGUCCCGGUCAGCGCUCAACUUAUUCUCCAGUAUCCGUUGAAAUGGACUGGAAAUAGGGAUCUCCGGGGUUUCUUAGAUAUCUUGCGUUUGUGUAUAAAGUGAUGUGGUGUAUGACGUCAUAGAAGGCUUUGAUGACGUCAUUUUGAGGAUGCUCAGGUCUUAUAAUAGGAUUGUGACAGUUUAAGGAAAUUCGUUUAAUGUUCAGUGUUUUACAACUUAAGUCGUGUGUGUUAAUUGCAGAAUUUUGUCAAUCUAGCUGGCCAUUGUAACGGAGGUUCGACUAAAAAGUGUACAUCAUCAUCAAAAUCAUUAUUACAAUCACUUAAAAAUUAGUUGUACACGCUUAUGAACGACUUAUGUAUCUUCGGGCGAAGUCUCAGGUCGGAUCUUCGUUAUUUUGCGUUAAUCAAUCAUUGUUUUCGUUACAAAUUUGUGUUUUGUUAUAAUAUAUUAUUAAUAUAAUGAUAUAUUGUUUGCCGAACCAGGCAAUUUGAAGCUUUUUGAGAGUUAGAAAUAUUAUCAUGUGAUCAGUAAUAAUUAUAGAUAUUAUUCAGACUGGAAUUUAAAUUCAUUUGACUUCAUGGUGACACUUCCAUAUAAGGUCAUGUUACCAUGGUAACACUACCGAUAUAUGUAUAAGGUAAUGUUACCUUGGUUACGUCACCAUAUAAGGUCUUGUUACUAUUGUAGCACUACCUUAUAAGGAAAUGUUACCAUGUGACUCCAUCAUGUGAUUUCAGCUCAGAGCUCUUGUUCAUUUCGUGUUUGACGAUAGUUUAACAGUAAAUAACACCGUUAAGUUUCUAAAUUAGUUAGAUACCGGGAACUUAUUUACAUAAUUUCAACUGUUAUUAUAUUCUUCGCUGCAUUUGCUACUCUUUUAUUUUUCUACUGUAAAAAGUGAUGCUACUAAUCGUUGCUGUGGAUAUAGAUUUAAAUAGUUGGUAGAUCAACUUAGUUCAUUACAUCGGGUUUAGAUCAAUUGACUUGAGGAGAUUCUGAUAGAAAGUUCUAGUCCUCUUGAAGCUUCCACGCGUUAGAUACAUUAUGAUUAGAGUAAGUUUGAGGGGAAAGAUGAGUUAAUUAUAAUGAUAAAGUAGUAUAAUUUUGUACGAGUAAUUAAAUUGUAAAUAUAUAAUGUGCUAUUUAUUUACAUGAUGAUUGUGAUUUGAUACAGUUAAAUUAGAGACUGUGUAAAGGGGAACAUCUUCAAGUUUUGAUUAACAAUUAGUUAACGAUAUUGAUAUCAUAUUAUAGAAAGGACAUUAUUGUACGUUCACAUUGCUGAGUUUAACUUGCUUGUACUUAUUUCAAAUCUGAAUCCUCGCAUAUUAUCGCAUUUAAAAUGGCCGUUCUCAGUCAAUUUCGAGAUAUGGAAAUAAUUUUACAUUAUUUGCAGCUUUUCUAUCCUUCAGAGAUUUUACUAACUUUACUCUAACAGUAAUUAAUCUCGCUUUGGAAUUCGGAAAAUGUAAACUCACAUACCGGUUAUUUAUAGAACCGCCCAUCCUUUAAAAUCACACCAUAAAAUUAAUUAUAUAAAUUUGAAUUUUGGGGUAACUUAAUCAAUAAUGAAUGUACUUGUUAAACCAACCUAAUGUUUCUCUCUGUGUAUUAUGCAAUUUGAUCUGUGACAAUGUUGUGAAUUAUAUAAUAUAAUACCUCUCAAAUGUGAUUUCCUUGCCGUGCACACCUUCUCCAUUUUCAGAGGAGUGUGACAAUUUAUUUGUUAGUUUUUAAAA